CUCACUAUAAAUUCAAUCUUCUCCCAUCCAUUCCACUCGAACCCUUCACCCCAUUUCCUCUCUUAACUCCAAAAAAUGGCUUCUUCUCCAUUUUCACCACUGCCAUUGCUCGCUUUCUGCUUGCUUUUGGCCUCUUCAGCCCUUGCAGGGCCCAUUCUGGAAGGACUUCUAGCAAAUGGGAACUUUGAGUUAGCACCAGCCCAAACUAAACUAAAGAAAACAGUAAUAAUGGGAAAAGACUCUCUCCCCAACUGGGAAAUCAAUGGCUUGGUUGAGUACAUCUCCGGCGGGCCUCAACCAGGAGGAAUGUUCUUCGCCGUCGCUCACGGUGUCCACGCCGUGAGGCUCGGCAACGAAGCGUCCAUAUCUCAGACCAUAAAACUGAAAAAAGGGUCUCUUUAUGCUCUUACAUUUGGAGCUUCAAGAACAUGUGCACAAGAUGAAGUUUUGACUGUCUUGGUGCCUCCCCAAAAUGGAAGUUUGCCUCUACAAACUCUUUACAGCAGCAACGGAGGCGAUGUCUACGCGUUCGGGUUCAUAGCUCCUGCCGAUUCCGUUAAGGUGACGUUCUACAAUCCUGGAGUUCAGGAAGAUCCUGCUUGUGGACCUCUGCUGGAUGCUGUUGCCAUCAAAGAGCUCAUUCCUCCAUUGCCAACAAGAUAUAACUUGAUCAGGAACCCGAGCUUUGAGGUCGGUCCUCAUCGGUUAGUAAACUCGACGAAUGGAGUUCUUCUACCUCCAAAGCAAGAAGACAUCACAUCUCCACUUCCCGGCUGGAUCAUAGAGUCUCUGAAGGCAGUAAAGUUCAUUGAUUCAGAGCAUUUCAAUGUCCCCGUUGGACUUGCAGCGAUCGAGCUCGUUGCAGGGCGAGAAAGCGCCAUAGCUCAAAUCAUCAGAACCAUCCCCAACAAAUUCUACUCUCUAACGUUCAAAGUCGGCGACGCGAAGAACGGGUGCCAUGGCUCAAUGAUGGUUGAAGCAUUUGCUGCUAAAGACACUGUCAAAGUUCCCUUCCAAUCUCAAGGAAAGGGCCUUUACAAAACUGGCAUUCUCAAGUUCAAAGCCAUCUCAACUAGGACCAGAAUCACAUUCUUCAGUUCAUACUACCACACUAGAAUAGACGACUUUGGGUCCCUCUGUGGCCCUGUGCUCGACGACGUACGCGUCGUUCCUGCAUACUAGAGCCCAUGCCCCCUGGUCCGGUGUCGACGUAGAUGAUGCAACGGCUGCUUGAUCCAUAGUCUUUGUAAUUAAAACGUUUGAUGAGGCUAGCUGUGUGUUCUUGAACUUAGUUAAAAUGUUGAACACCAAUAUUUUAUAAAGCCAAUAUAUUUCUCUCUAGUAAUGGAGAAAGGAAAGCUAAGAUUUCAUGA